AUGGCAUCUCAGUGGCACAGCAUGCGAUCCUCCGUGCGCCGCCGAUCUCUCCUGAAGGAGGAGCAGCUGGAAGAGGAGGUGGUGCGGACUGCAGCCGGCCAUCUGGAGUCGUCCACAGGGACUCUGGGCUCCCUGUGUAGACAGUUCCAGCGGAGACUGCCCUUGAGAGCAGUCAGCCUCAACCUCGGGGCAGGACCCUCCUGGAAACGGCUGGACACCCCAGAGCAGGAACAGCAGGGCCUCCAGACUGCGGCGCGCUCUGCCAAGAGCACCUUGGGUGUCGUGUCCCAGAGAAUCCAGGAGUCCUGCCAGAGUGGCACCAAGUGGCUGGUGGAAACUCAGGUGAAAGCCAGAAGGAGGAAGAGAGGGGUACAGAAGGGCAGUGGCUCUCCACCUCCCACCCUGGGUCAGAAGAGCACCCGGCUGUGUAGAGCCACCCUAGACCCUGGCAGGAGGGAAUAUCGCCGCCUCUCUGCCGGGGUGGGCCCAUGUGCUCACCCCCGACGGCAGCCGAGGAGGGAUGCUGCCUUCCAGAGCUCCUGCUCCUCGACCGAGCCUCUCUGCUCUCCCAGUGAAUCUGACAGUGAUCUCGAGCCUGUGGGAGCAGGAAUCCAGCAUCUCCAGAAGCUGUCUCAAAAGCUGAACAAGGCCAUCAUAGCUGAAGACAAUGCUGACAUGACCGUCACCCUCAUAUGUGACUGAGGACAGGCCCUGCAGAAAACAAGUCCUAUCUGGCCACCAAACCCUCACACCCAGGAUAUCUACAUUGCCUGCCCUGGAGCUGCCUGGAAAAAGAACCAGAGGCAUCAGCUGCCCUGA